AUGGCUGGCAAAAGGCAAACAAAUGACCUGGAUCACAUGUCCUUCGGUAAACUGCCACGGGUGGAGGUGGAGGCACAGAACUGUUCGCUAACCUUUCCUGGGAAGACUUCCCACGAGGAGAUGCUAGCUUACUCAUCUGUUAUGGCAUGCUCCCUGCCAGCUCCUGAGCGGCAUACAACACCUUGGAGUUCUGCUUCAUCCUAUUUGCUGUGUGCAGACAGCGCUCCAAGCCAGCAUUUACAGACUGAAGAAACCUCUGCUAGGUGUAACAGACCAGAAAUAGAGAGGUUAAACAACCACGCUCAGUUACGUGAAAUUCCUGGCAACCAUCUAAUGAUUCAACCACACCAUCAAAUUAUGAGGUACUCCAUGCCUUCCACACAAGGAUACCCUCCACUUGUAAUGCCAAGACCUGUGUAUAGAAGCCCUUCUAAUUUUGUGGAUGCAGGCUAUGGUACACAUCGUCCACCUCUAGGAUUUCCAGUAGGAUCACCUAUACGUACUCAUGCUGUUGAAUGGAACUCAACAAAUCUUGCAUAUCCAUCUGUAUGUGCAACUGGUGGAAACAAAAAGCUUCCCCCAACUCGCAUAGGCCCCCCAGAACAUGUCAAGAGCCCUCAUGUUUUAUCACAGGGCAUGAAGGAACUUAGCCCUGCCCUUAGACAUAGGGGGGAUACAAGAAUUUCUGGUUCCCAGGGAGAGCCCUUUAGAGAGCACUAUGGUUUGUUUGCACAGCCUAGUACAUCUCUUCACCAUUCUCAAUUUGAUGCUUCCAUUGGGUGGCAAAGGGGCUCUGCAUUCAGCCCCCUUACUCCUGCACGCCAUACCUACCUAUCUAGUGCUUUCCAGGAUAGUAUGGACAAUGGUUUGGGGAACUUUCAAGGGAUGAAUUAUUAUAGCCCUACAGGAGCUGGUUAUUCUCAUAGACCCUCUUCCUAUAAUUAUAGUAUGGACACUACUUUACUACCUCCUAUUGCUAGGACAUUGCUCACCCACUCGAAUGGAGAACUCAUACAAAGUCCAGCCUAUAAAAACAGGGACCGAAGAGUGAGUUUACCUAAUAGGAGAAUGAAUGAUACUAAUGCAGACCGUAUGCUGCAACUGGAGACACCAAAUUUAGAUCAACGUUCAUGCUCGGUGCAGAUGGACAAGGAUGUGCGGGUUGCAUCUUCCCAGGCAGACCAGGAUCUACAAGUGGGUUUGGCUCGCAUAAGCAAGAGCCCUCGGGUUCAGUAUUCACAUUUGGACAGGAACGUGUGCAUGGUCUCUUCUAAGGAGGGGAAUGGGCUUGCUCUUGGCUUGAGUCAGUCAGGGAGGGAACAGCAGGUGGGGGAUGUUCUCGGAGAUCCUUUAAUGCAGAAGAUUGUCCAGAGCCCACCCCCUUCUACUGUGUUCACUGAUGGCCAUUUGCAUUAUUCUAAAACUUCUAUACCCUCACAGAUGCACGCUGUCUCUGAUUCUCACAGUACCCAUAUUCAGCAAUCCGAUGUGGAUGGCGAAAACGUUAGACAUUCACCUUCAACUCCUACUAAUAUUUCUGGGGACCAAAUUAGUAUAAGUCAUGAAAACCAGAGGUUGACUCCUCAAGAGUCGGCAAUGUCGAGUACUAACUCUGCAUGUCACUCAACUCCACCGGCAACUGAGGUUAACAUUAAUGGUCCCCACUCCCCUCCUAUGCCAGUCAUUAAUGACGUUUUCAGCCUGGCUCCAUAUCGAGACUACCUGGAGGGUACAGCUCCUCAUCCUUUUCCAUUGUUGAAGGAAAACAUUGCUAAACAUAAAGCAUUGUAUUCUCAGCCUGCACCACAAAAAACAAAGGAAGUUGGGAAGGGAUCUGAUGAGUCCCUGCAAUUGAACAGUGUUAGUGAGCAUCUAACCCCUUCUGACAUUAACCUUACAACUAAUAUACAGGAGAAAGAUUUGAAACAGGCAGAAGGGGCGGUGCUGGACCUGAGCCUGAAAAAGUCACCUAAUCCAAGCCUCUCUCCUAAUGGUCAGAAGAAGUGCCAACAUCAUGAUUCAAUGGAUAGCCCAUCACAGUUUCCCAAGGCUGGCUACACAGAAGCCACAGCAGGCUACCUGUUUGAGCAACCCAUACAAACCAUAUCUGACAGACUUUCACACCCCAGCAAAGGCAGCCCCUUACAGACCAAUGCCCAAACAGGCGCAGACUGCCUCUCCACAACAGCCAUUUCCUACCCCUCCCAAACCUCCAUGCAAACGACCAGAUACUGCCAUACACAGACUGCAAAUCGGUGCUCUCCUGGGGCCUGCUUACCACCAUCGGUGUUUGCCUGCCCCAUACAGCCUCCGACGAAAUAUGCAACUCAAACCAUGUUUCCUCUUCAGGUAGCUCCACCAAGUAACCCAAACGUUCCUCUUUUAACCCCCAAAGGUCUUUCUCACCGCUCUACUCCACUUCAGACCCAAUUCUUGGAGCAUAGAAAGGAAAGAACUAUAUACCCAAAAGAUUCUCCACAUUUGCUGUCUCUGACCACAGAACAGGAUAAUGAGGCAAAUGGCUUUCACAGUUCCAAAUCUUUCAUGUUUAGAAAAUACAAACUAAUGAAACUUCCCUUCAGUGGAGGAGAAACUCAGACAGCAGAAAAUAAUUCUGAUUCUCAUGUUUUAACCAGCCCAUUCCAACUGCUCUCUGAGUCAGUACAGUCUCUUCCCCCAAGUGCUCCUGAGUCUUCUCCAACUCUUGGUGAAGCCAAUGUUUCUUUGGCAAGCGGAGAAGAGACUGCUGGAUCAGGGCACCACUUCACUGAGUUACACCGUUCUGUGCGUGUAGCCAUCUCAAAUUCAGUUGGAUCUUCCCCUCCUGGUCUACUUCAAGACUGGCAGUUAAAAUCCAAAGAAGAUGAGAGACCCAAGUCUCCUAUGAAGUCAAAAAUGAGUUCAAGGUCCAGUGAACCCUCCCAAGAUCAUGAAAUAUGGUUGGCCAUUGAUGGUGUCCGCAUGCUCUUGCAUAAAGUACUGUCUCAGUUGGAAACCUUUAUGUUCACAAGAAGAUGCCCCUUUCCUCAUGUUAUCCGGGCUGGUGCCAUCUUUAUCCCUAUCUAUCUGGUAAAGGAGGUUCUUUUCUCUGAGCUGCUGGGACCAUCUGUAGAUCGUGUAUUGCAGAGGCACAAAGUAGAACUUCGUCCCACUACUCUAUCUGAAGAGAAACUCCUGAGGGACACAGAGCUGAAGAACUGCCCAUCUCGCAUGUUGAAAUUACUUGCACUUAAACAACUCCCUGAUGUUUAUCCAGACUUACUACACCUGUACUGGGGAUACUGCAUACAGAAGCAGCUUGAUAACAAACUGUGUGUUGGACUCAGAGUGGAGAAGGAGUGCCCGCCGAAAAGAAAAUUAAAACAUGCUUCAUUAGAUGGAGGGAAUGUGAAAGUAGCUUCAUUUCAGAGAGAGGACACCUCUGUCUCUAAGCUUCACAGAGCUUCUAAGCGUCGUGGAAAGCAAGUAUAUGAAACUCAGAAACGAAACCCUUCUCAAGUUAGAGGUGGAGUCAUCAAGAAGAAGAGACAAGUGGUUCAUAAAAAAGUUGGUGUUGGGAAGCGCACAAAAUUUACAUACAGAAGGAAAGGUCCUCGUAAAAAACUUUCAGGAAAAGGCUUUCCGGACCUGGUUGGAAGACGCAUCCUUCAUUUAUUUGAUGAUGGUGAACAGGAAGCUUGGUUUCGAGGUAGAGUCUUGCAGGUGCACAGACGAUCUAGCAACCCCUUGGACACACAGUAUGAGGUGUGGUAUGAUGACGAACCUGGCACUCGUUACUUUUUGGAAUUGCUGCAGGACUAUGAAAAAGGCUGGCUCAGAUUUGAAACCUCGGCUGUUAAACAGGAUUAGGUGGAUGAUCUGUGAUUUACUUUUAAAAAUGUUACAGAGCACAUUAAAUAGAAUGUAAUACCUGUAUCUAGAAAUUUUUUUGUGACAAGUAAGAAAAUGUUAGGAAUUGUGAAUGUUUAAGUCCCCUUAACGCCCAGUAUGCUGCUUUUAAGGUUGAGGUGGGGUCAGAUUUUUUUUUGUGUGUGUGUGUCCGCGGUUAGAGGACAGCAGGCUACAUUAAAUACCACAUUACGUGGGUUGAUGUGGUUUUCAUAAGUGCCUUAUUGCUGUUCUGUACAGAUAUGUACAAGCUCAAAUCCAUAUUGGAUUGAGUUUACUAGAUAAAUACAGUUGGAGAUCAUUUUAUUGUUUUAAUGAUAGAUCACCCCUUUGUGUGCUACGCAAGGAUAAGUCCUAUUCAGUCAGUUAAUUUGACCUUAAACAGAUAGGUAAUUAUACUUGUCAGUUUACUUGACCAUUGUUUCCUCGGGUGCCCUCUCAAGCGAAGCCUGAACCCUAGUUUUACUUGUCCCUUUGAGCCCUCAUAUCCAUUGGGAGCCCAUGAAUAUAGCAAAAUUUCAGGUACUCAUAGCUGCGAGAUGUGGUUUAUUGAUAUUAAGUAACAUAGCUCAUCUGAGUGCUGCAUUUUGAUAGCCCCAACCCAAACCUUUACACUAAAACAUAAUGCUUAGUGAUCUAAUAAUAUCUUAUUUAUCACAUUUAGUUCUCAUAUAAAACAUAUGGUUAAGUAGUCAGAUGACACAGGAAACUCUCUAUGGGGUUUUACCAAAUUAAGU